GUCAUCCCUUAUCACACUAUUUUGCCUCCGUCUGCACCGUAUUAUUACGCUGUGCCUAGCUGGGAUCUCCUCGCACCGCACCGCAACGCUGCCCAGCACACUCGGAUUCGUGGUCUCGACUCUCCGGUGACGGUGAUGCCUGCGCAACGUGACACCGGCGAUGCACCCACCCACAGAAUACCGGCUGUACCUGUACGGCCCUCGUGGACGUCCCGCCGUGGCACAAGAACACCGCAACCAGCUUUUCUCGCUUCACUCCAAGGCCGACGUGGCGCAGAGUCCGGCCAAGGUUGUUCGAGACUGCAAUACCGGUAACUGUAUCUAUGUUCCGGGAGCAUGGCAUGGGUCGAGGAUGACCGAUAUUAGACUACGGCAUCCUACCACCAAACGUCGAUCUAAUUUGAGCCGUGCAUCCGCGCAAGAUCGCACAAACCCUAUUCUUCCGGAUGACGGGACUUGUGCCCUACGAUAGAGUUGAUACAUAGACAGGUGCUUCUUCUCCUCGCACCACCUCACUACCCACGUGGCUCUGUGAGACUUGGAAGCUUCGCCAUGCGCAUUCAGGAGUCACUCCUAAUACUGCUCCCCAUUUCAGCAGCCGCAGCGACUUUCCAAGUCGCCGACACCUCUGCCUCCGACACACUCGCUGCUAUAGCGUUGCGGAAUGUAGCAGCACAGCACUCAAAACGACAGAACCGGCAUGCGCCCGAACCUGACUCCUCACAACCACCACCAUCAUGCACCUUUGAAACAGCAUCAAUACGGCGGGAAUGGGAGACAUUAUGUCGCGACGAGAAGAAAGCAUACAUAAAAGCAGUCAAAUGCCUACUAGAAAAGCCGUCCAUCAGCGGCCACCUGGUCCCCGGCGCGAGGAGUCGCUACGACGACUUCCUCGCCACCCACAUCAACCAAACCCUCACAAUCCACGGCACCGGUAACUUCCUCUCCUGGCACCGCUACUUCACCUGGACCUACGAACAAGCGCUCCGCAACGAAUGCGCCUACCAAGGUCCCUUCCCCUACCUCAACUGGCCCAAAUACGCCCUCGACCUCCUCAACGCGCCCCCCUUCGACGGCUCCGAAACCUCCUUAUCCGGAAACGGCCAGUUCGACCCCCAAAACAACGGCACCUGGGUCCCCAACGACCAACAACGAAACAUCAAAAUCCCCCCCGGCGGCGGCGGCGGCUGCGUGACGACCGGUCCCUUCGCAAACAUCACCGUCCGUCUCGGCCCCGUCUCCCCUUCCCUAAGCUACGCCACCCCCAACCCCCAAAAAGACGGCCUAGGCUACAACCCCCGCUGUCUCCGCCGCGACAUGUCCGCCUACGCCGUGGAAAAAUGGGCCAACGACGCCCAAAUCUCCGCAUUAAUCACCAACUGCACCUCCCUCCUCACCUUCCAAAACACCCUCCAAGGCAACUUCCCCUCGGGCUUCCUCGGCGCCCACACCGCCGGCCACUUCCUAGUCGGCGGCGAUCCCGGCGGCGAUCUGUUCGCUUCGGCGGGCGAUCCGUAUUUCUGGCUGCAACACGCCCAAAUCGACCGCGUCUGGUGGAUCUGGCAGAAUCAGAAAGCCGAUCGGGAGAGGAUGGAGAUCAUCGCGGGACAGACGGUGUUCGGGGUUGCGAAUUCUUCGUUGACGACGCUGGACGAUGUCAUUGACUUGGGGGUGAAUGGGAAGGGGAUCAAGAUUCGGGAGGCGGUGGAUACGUUGAAGGGACCGUUUUGUUAUGUUUAUGAGUGAAUAAGACAGAGAGAAGGGAGAGGGGUUGGAGGGCAUAGGGUGGGAGUUGUUUGAGCUUUUGGGUGGGAGUGGAGGUGGAUAGAUGCAUCAUCCCCCCCCUCCCCCCUCCAUCCUCCCGUGAUCGGGUUCCUAGGACGAUCAUGAUUAUUGCAUGUGGUGGAAGUAGUAAGUAAGUGACUUGGGGUUCAGUCAACGGCUGGGCGCUGGCUGGCUGGCUCUGCUAGAAGAAGUCGCGGCAACGACAGAAGCAUCUGUAUAAUAAUCAGUAACGGUGUGAAAUGCAUGCCUGCAUACUUUGAAAAAAGUUUUCGUUC